GAGUCCCUCUUCCUCUCUCAGCUCGGCGUCGGAUAGGAGGGAGGCGAGAUUGAAGCAGGAGAUUGACGAGUUACGGGCCUCGCAGUUUGCGGAUUUGAAGAGGAAGUUGCAUACCAUGUCUGCUCUGGGAUUGGGGAUUAUUCGUUGAGGAACAAUAAGAAGCGGUUUGACAGCUUUGUUCCUGUGCCCGACACUCCCUUGGCGAAGGCUAGACAAGAGCAGGAGCAUGAAGGCUUUGGACCCUGAGAGUAUAGCGGCAGGAGGGACUGAGUCACCUUGGUCUCAGACGCCGGUAACCGAUUUGACCGCACUGGGUGAAGGAAGAGGUACUGUUCUGUCUUUAAAGCUAGAUAGGUUAUCUGAUUCAGUGUCGGCUUUGACUGUUGUGGAUCUGAAAGGGUGCUUGACUGAUUUAAAGUACACGAAGAUUACUAGUGAUGCUGAGAUAUCUGAUAUAAGCAAGGCAAGGUUAUUGCUCAAGGGUAUUACACAGACAAACCCGAAACACCCACCAGGUUGGAUUGCGGCUGGGAGGCUAGAGGAGGGGGCUGGGAAGAUUCAGGCUUCUAGGCAAUUGGUACAGAAAAGGUGCGAGGAAUGUCCAAAAGUGAGGAUGUGUAGAUUGAGACGUGCCGGCUAGCGAGCCCUGACGAGGCGAAGGCAGUGAUUGCUAAAGGAGUUAAAUCAAUUCCUACUUCUGUUAAGUUGUGGAUGCAGGCUGCAAAAUUGAAGCAUGAUGAACUGAAUAAGAGGAGGGUGUUGAGGAAAGGGUUAGAAAUAUCCCUGACUCAGUUAGGCUGUGGAAGGACCCUGUGGAACUCUCGAAUGAGGAAGAUGCAAGGAUAUUGCUCCACAGGGCAGUGGAGUCUUGGCCAUUGCACGUUGAGCUGUCGCUGGUGCUGGCUAGGUUGGAGACAUGUGAUCAUGCGAAGAAGGUGCUUAAUAGGGCAAGAGAAAGGUUGCCCAAAGAGGCUGCGAAAUGGAUCACGGCAGCAAAGUUGGAAGAACCUAAUGGCAAUACUUCCAUGGUUGGGAAGAUCAUUGAGAGAGGUAUCAGAGCUUUGCAGAG